UUUUUCAAGCGGCCGAAAUGGAACUUGCUACCUAAUAAAAUCCGUUGCAUCUUCCUGUUUUAGAAACGUAUCGUUUAUCACAUUUUAACGAACGGCUAGAUAAGAUAUUAGUCUAACGAUAUCCCUGAUUAUUUUGGGACGAACCGAUGCGGAUUUUGAGAAAAAAGUGCUCCAAAGUAGCGGAGGGACAAACGGACAUUCGAGCCUUAAGAUGAGAAAGGGGGGAGUCUCGGAGAAAGUCCUAAUUUCAGGAGUCGGGGGCUCCUCCAUGGACAAAAAACACACGGUUCUGACCCAGUACACCAAUGCGACAUAUGAUCAGAUCUUAACCCCUCCGCCCUGGCCGAACCAGACUAACAAUGUCGGUGUCGCAGACCCGACCGACAGUCAGCUAUACACUACCCCCAUCGGGGUAUCUACAAACGGGACGGGACAGAGACCAGCCCUCGGAAGACCCCCGGUAAUUCAUAACGCGAUGGUUCUUUUGGCAUACAAUAUUCCGGGCAGUCACAUUAAUGCAAGCUGGCUAUUUAGCUUGCCAACUAGUUAGUUGACUAACAACUAACGUUGUUCGCAAACUAGUGCUGGCUAACCAGUGAUUUGUCCUAGCCAACGUUAAGCUCCCCGUAUUAAACGAACUAGCUACUGUAGUAACAUUCGCUAGCUAUCGCCUCUAGUUAGCUAUUGUUAGUUGGAUGCAGUGCUAGCUAGAUUUUUAGCUAAAUACACUACUUUUUUUGUAUUAUUGCAAAGGUGACAUGUUUGACUCUUUCUGCUUGUAUGUUUAACGUUGUGUUUUUUUGGGUGAUAAACCACUUGCAACGUUUCCAACUUGAGUUGUCCACUUUGGCAGUGGAUUUAUAAAGGGUCACCGAAAAGCCAUAGCUAACGUUAGGAUAGUGGUCUGGCUAGUUAGUUAGCUAACUAUUUCAUUAUCAAGUACACACCAUAGUUGGAUAGCCAACACAGCUAGCUAAGUAUGAUGUUGUUUGGCACAGCUAACUAACUAUCCGUGCGUAUUUUUGUUUCUGAAAGCCACCGACUUUUUCGUUAUCCAUAUAGCAGGCAACUUUCCAAAGUUUUGACCUGCAGAACUGAUAUUGUAAGAAUAACCGCCAAUCAUAAAAAAAUAAUCGACAAACAAAAACGUGUCCUGUUCAGGCUAGCUAGCUAGACAUUUGAAACCCCACCUCUUUAAGGAAUACCUGGGAUAGGAUAAAGUAAUCCUUCUACCCCCCCUUACCCCAACCCCCCCCCCCGUAAAGUGGUUAUCCCACUGGCUAUAAGGUGAAUGCACCUAUUUGUAAGUCGCUCUGGAUAAGAGCGUCUGCUAAAUGACGUAAAUGUAAAUAUGGGCUGUCUAAAGCAAAGGAUGAUUUGUUAACACCACAAGCUUGGCCGUAAACGACGCUUGAUGGGGAUGGGGGGUGAAUCUACUCCCAGUGCUUUAUAAUAAUAAUAAUAUAUGGCAUUUUAGCAGACGCUUUUAUCCAAAGCGACUUAGUCAUGUGUGCAUACAUUUUUACGUAUGGGUGGUCCCGGGGAUCGAACCCACUACCCUGGCGUUACAAGCGCCAUGCUCUACCAGCUGAGCUACAGAGGACCCCUUUACUGGGGGGAAGCAAGUUUAUCUGGCUGUUUCCCCCCCAUUUGUAAUCAUUUGCUCCAGCGGCUCAAAGAGCACCUGUGGGGACAAAUGUAAUGACUUACCAUAGUCCCCUCGUUGUCAUAAAACUAAAAGUACUGGAACCAUCUUCCGUGUAUCUACUGUCAAUCUGUGACGUGGCUAGAUCGCAUUGUUGCUAGCCAACCUGGAGUCAUACCACGAGGAAGUACAACACAUUUCAGAUUUGUUGUGAUGUGGUGUAAAUCUGAAAGUUUUAUAUCUUGGCAGCAUGCACAUGCAAGUUGCAUCCCACAAACGGCACAUUUGAGUUGUAACGAUUCAUAUGAACUCGCACUAAGAAAUAAUUUAGGCAAACGCAGAAAGGUGGGGUGGUGACCAGUGGAGGCUCCUCAGAGGAAGGGGAGAACCACCCUCAGUGAAUUUCAUAAAAAAUAGUGAAACAUUAGUUAUCCUUUUUUGUUGUUGAUAAAACUAUACUAAAUAUAUUCACGUCACCAAAUAACUAACACACACUGUUUUGCGAUGAAGGUCUACAGUAGCCUCAACAGCACUCUGUAGUGUAGCACCAUGGUGUUUCCGUCCUCUCUGGGUACAUUGACUUAAUACAAAACCUAGGAGGCUCAUGGUUCUCACCCCCCUUCCAUAGACUGACACAUCCUCCAACCUAUCAACGCUCCUGCAGCAUGAACUGACAUGUUGUCCACCCAAUCAAAGGACCAGAGAAUGAAUCUAAUCUAGUACUGAAAGCAUAAGCUACAGCUAGCUAGCACUGCAGUGCAUAAAAUGUGGUGAGUAGUUGACUCUGAGAAAGACAAUAGUUGAACAGUUUUGAACAAAUUUAAUUUUUUCAAAAAAGAAGCAAAAGAGAGCUAGCUAUAUUUUGUUGUAUUUUUUGUUGUCACUUUCACUUACUUAGCUAAUGAAUGCAUAUAGCUAGUUUAGCCUACUCAAACACCCGGCUCAGGGAGGAAUGCUAUGUUAGCUAGCUGGCUAUGGCUAUCCAACACUGGAGCUCUUCCAAGUCAAGGUAAGCUUUAGGUUUUCUGAAUUGAUUGCCACCGUGACCUGUCGGUGUAACUGCUAAACUGCUUGCUGCUGACUGUAGACUGUACUGCGUGAUUGUACCGGGUUUACUACCGUGUUAUUUCUUGUAGCUAUGUUGAAUAUGGGGUGGCAGGUAGCUUAGUGGGUAAGAGCAUUGUGCCAGUAACCGAAAGGUUGCUGGUUCUAAUCCCCGAGCCGACUAGGUGAAAAAUCUGUCGAUGUGCCCUUAAGCAAGGCACUUAACCCUAAUUGCUCAUAUAAGUCGCUCUGGAUAAGAGUGUCUGCUAAAUGACUAAAAUGUAAAUGUAAAUAUGACAUUAAUAUGGUGACAACGAUGUAGGCUCUUGUGUAGCGGUUAUGAUAUGUAGGAUUGGCUUGGAAAGUUUUUUUCCACCUGGUCACAGACAGCUGUGUUGUGCACAGAAGUCCACAAGCGUUGGGAAAAGGUGAGCGGAGGAGAGCGCGUAGAUGCGAGAAGGAAUUCUACAACGAUCAAAAUAUCACGCUGUUUGUAUGUGGCUGCUAUGAAAGUGAACUGUUUGCGUGUGAUCGGGUGUAUUCAUUCUGACGAUUCUAUUGAGAAACGUUUCUUAAACGGAAGCAAUUGAACCGAAAACUGGGAUAAACAUACCUGAAUUUGUCCAAUAGAAACUCUCGUUUCCAACUGUUGGACUAAUGAUUACACCCUAGAUCAGCUAGAAGCAGGCAAUAGUGUGCAAGGCGGUAUUGAAUGUGUCACUGUCUGUCACCUUGAUGACUCAAAUGUCUCUCGACCUGGGCACCUACAGUGUAAACUUUCAUUCAAAGGCUAGGUUGUAGCAACCUCAUGAUGGGUAUAGGGAAACUUUUGAGUAUCAUGUAGUAGCCUAAACCUGUUGAUGUUACGUUGAGCUGGGUGAAUGGAAUAUGAAUGACAGUCAUCCAAUAUGCUGUAAUGGAAAUAAGACUAUGUUAAUUUAAAAAAAAAAUAGUCCUCAUCUUAAACAGCACCGACCAACACUGGAGGUGGACUGACUCCAACCAAAACAUACUUGACCACAGUUCAAAGAUGUCAAGCAACAACCAAUGUACCUAUGUAAAGGAAACAAAGCAUACAUGUGGAUGGAGAGGUGCUAUGGCCAGCAGUCUGCUCUAUAGAUCUGCCAGCCUGUCUCCUUCCGACGUAAAUAUGACCACUAGGUUUAACUGUCUCCUACUCUCUCAGGUGGUGGGAACAUCUUGGUGCUUUCACAGAGGUGCUUCUUGGUUUUUGAAUGGUGAAAUCACCCACUAGCUUUUACACGUUUUAGUCAUUUAGCAGACGCUCUUGUCCAGCUCAAAAGAGCGCUUUACGCUUUGAACACACCGACUGCGUCGUUGCGCAAAAUAGUAUGCAGCAUCAUUUAAGAUAUGUGUGCAACAAAAGUUCAACAUUCACCUUCUGCUACCAUUUCUGUCAAUCCGUUUACGCAUGCAGUUUUACGCAAACGUUCGAUAAAUCCAACGUAUGCACCACACAGAACGCACUGCAACUGACUCUGCAACGCAAUGCUGCAAGGCAAACGCAGCGUUCCAUUGGACACGAAUGUACUUCUGGUGUCCCAAAACGCAAUGACGCAGUCGGUGUGUUUUCAAGGGCACCUUUCGGUUACUGGCCUAACGGUCUUAACCACUAGGCUACCUGCCGUUUUACACCUGUGAUGGUCACACCGUGACCCUGGACUAACGUAAUGCACCCUCUGAUGUGAUCCACGUUUUCACUGUUCGGUUUCAUCCAGAUUCUCACCUUUUUUUGUACCAAUGUUUUUCUGUGUCUGAGGCGAAGCGUCGGUUGGAGCUGGAAGGGGGCGAUCACCACCACACGAGUGAGACUAACUGUACAGCCAGAGCUAAGAGAGCCACCAUGCUGUCCCUCGGAGGACCCAAGAGUAAGAGUGGGGGGAGGGGACAUUCUGGGGGUAGUGUAUUUACCAUGCUAUGUUGCAUGGGGUUCAUUUGACAUUUCAGUCAUAAAGCAGGAGCUCUCAUCCAGAGCGACUUACAGUUAGCGAGUGCAUACGUUUUCAUACUGGCCCCCCCGUGGGAAUCGAACCCACAACCCUGGCGUUGCAAGUGCCAUGCUCUACCAACUGAGCGCUCUUAACUCCCAGUCUUUCUCUUCCUUCAUUCAGUCAUGGCCGACUGAAACCCCUCCUGUAACUUAAAGUUGAAGGAAGGGAGCAGAGAACAUUUUGGUGUGCAGAGACGGUCUAGCCUUCCUCUAAUGACAAAUCCCCAGACAACGGUUGUUUGAGGAAUAAUGACACACCCAUGCCUUAGGAACGUUGUUGCUCCCUGGGCCUAGUGUGUGUGUGUGUGCACUGAGUGUAUUCACAGAUCACUUGUCAUUAAUUCCCUCACCUUCCUGGACCUCUCAAGUGUGUGUGCCUUCCUGCCUCCAGAUCCUGUCUGUUAACUAACCCAUCUCCUCUCCCUCCAGCUCCUGUCUGUUAACUAACCCACCUCCUCUCCUCUCUAGCUCCUGUCUGUUAACUAACCCAUCUCCUCUCCCUCCAGCUCCUGUCUGUUAACUAACCCAUCUCCCCUCCCUCCAGCUCCUGUCUGUUAACUAACCCAUCUCCCCUCCCUCCAGCUCCUGCCUGUUAACUAACCCACCUCCUCUCCUCUCUAGCUCCUGUCUGUUAACUAACCCAUCUCCUCUCCUCUCCCUCCAGCUCCUGUCUGUUAACUAACCCAUCUCCUCUCCUCUCCCUCCAGCUCCUGUCUGUUAACUAACCCACCUCCUCUCCUCUCUAGCUCCUGUCUGUUAACUAACCCAUCUCCUCUCCCUCCAGCUCCUGUCUGUUAACUAACCCAUCUCCCCUCCCUCCAGCUCCUGUCUGUUAACUAACCCAUCUCCUCUCCCUCCAGCUCCUGCCUGUUAACUAACCCACCUCCUCUCCUCUCUAGCUCCUGUCUGUUAACUAACCCAUCUCCUCUCCCCUCCCUCCAGCCCCUGUCUGUUAACUAACCCAUUUCCUCUCCCCUCCCUCCAGCCCCUGUCUGUUAACUAACCCAUCUCCUCUCCCCUCCCUCCAGCUCCUGCCUGUUAACUAACCCAUCUCCUCUCCCCUCCCUCCAGCUCCUGCCUGUUAACUAACCCAUCUCCUCUCCCUCCAGCUCCUGUCUGUUAACUAACCCAUCUCCUCUCCCUCUAGCUCCUGUCUGUUAACUAACCCAUCUCCUCUCCCCUCCCGCUAGCUCCUGUCUGUUAACUAACCCAUCUCCUCUCCCUCCAGCUCCUGUCUGUUAACUAACCCAUCUCCUCUCCCUCCAGCUCCUGACUGUUAACUAACCCAUCUCUUUUCCCCUCCCUCCAGCUCCUGUCUGUUAACUAACCCAUCUCCUCUCCCCUCCCUCCAGCUCCUGUCUGUUAACUAACCCAUCUCCCCCCCCCCAGCUCCUGUCUGUUAACUAACCCAUCUCCUCUCCCCUCCCUCCAGCUCCUGUCUGUUAACUAACCCAUCUCCCCCCCCCCAACUCCUGUCUGUUAACUAACCCAUCUCCUCUCCCUCCAGCUCCUGUCUGUUAACUAACCCAUCUCCCCUCCAUCCAGCUCCUGCCUGUUAACUAACCCAUCUCCUCUCCCCUCCCUCCAGCUCCUGUCUGUUAACUAACCCAUCUCCUCUCCCCUCCCGCUAGCUCCUGUCUGUUAACUAACCCAUCUCCUCUCCCUCCAGCUCCUGUCUGUUAACUAACCCAUCUCCUCUCCCCUCCCUCCAGCUCCUGUCUGUUAACUAACCCAUCUCCUCUCCCCUCCCUUCAGCUCCUCCCUCCCCGUUAGAGAAGACCAGGUAUGACACCUCUCUGGGCCUCCUGACCCAGAAGUUUCUCCAGCUGCUGGCCCAGUCCAGUGACGGGGUGGUGGACCUCAACCGGGCCGCAGAGGCCCUAAUGGUCCAGAAGAGACGCCUCUAUGACAUCACCAACAUACUGGAGGGGGUGCGUCUCGUCAAGAAGAAGUCCAAGAAUAACAUCCAGUGGAUGUGAGUAUGGGGGGGGGGGGGGGGGGGGGUCUGUCUAUGACAUUUAUACACUGCUGUGCAGAGCCAAGUUGUAUUGCACUGGCCUGGUUAGAAAUACAUAGUUGGUGGAACCAUGCUCUGAAGGACAAUAUCCGAGCCGUUAAGAUUGGGGUCGGCACGACGAUGCUAAGAGUAUAUACAGUUUCACAGGGAAGCUCAACAACGUGUGUGUUGACUGUUCUCUCCCAUUUGUGUUUUAAAUGUGUUCUCUCCUGUGUGUGUAUUGACAUGUGCUGUUCUAUUAACAUGUGCUGUUCUCUCCUGUGUGUGUAUUAACAUGUGCUGUUCUCAAAUUAAAUUGUAUUUGUCACAUGCGCCGAAUACAACAGGUGUAGACCUUACCGUGAAAUGCUUACUUACAAGCCCUUAACCAACAAUGCAGUUCAAGAAAUAGAUUUUAAGAAAAUAUUUACAAAAUGAAAUAAAGGCUCUCCUUUUCCUGUAGUCCACAAUCAGCUCAUUUUGUCUUGCUCACAUUGAGGGAGAGGUUGUUGUCCAGGUCUCUGACCUCCUCCCUAUAGGCUGUCUCAUCGUUGUCGGUGAUCAGGCCUACCACUGUUGUGUCGUCAGCAAACAUAAUGAUGGUGUUGGAGUCGUGUUUGGCCACGCAGUUGUGGGUGAACAGGGAUUACUGGACUGAGCACGCACCCCUGAGGGGCCCCAGUGUUGAGGAUCAGCGUGGCAGAUGUUGUUGCCUACCUUUACCACCUGGGGGCAGCCCAUCAGGAAGUCCAGGAUCCAGUUGCAGAGGGAGGUGUUUAGUCCCAGGGUCCUUAGCUUAGUGAUGAGCUUUCUGGGCACAAUGAUGCUGAACGCUGAGCUGUAGACAAUGAACGGCAUUCUCACAUAGGUGUUCCUUUUGUCCAGGUGGGAAAGGGCAGUGUGGAGUGCGAUUGAGAUUGCUUCAUCUGUGGCUCUGUUGGGGCGGUGUGCAAUUUGGAGUGGGUCUAGGGUUUCCGGGAUGAUGGUGUUGAUGUGAGCCAUGACCAGCCUUUCAAAGCACUUCAUUGCUACCGACGUGAGUGCUAUGGGAUGGUAGUCAUUUAGGCAGGUUACCUUAGUGUUCUUGGGCACAGGGACUAUGGUGGUCUGCUUGAAACAUGUAGGUAUUAAAGACUCGAUCAGGGAGAGGUUGAAAAUGUCAGUGAAGACACUUGCCAGUUGGUCCGCGUAUGCUCUGACUACAUGUCCUGGUAAUCCGUCUGGCCCGCAGCCUUGUGAAUGUUGACCUGUUUAAAGGUCUUGCUCACAUUGGCUACGGUGAGCGUGAUCACACAGUCAUCCGGAACAGCUGGUUCUCUCAUGCAUGCCUCAGUGUUGCUUGCCUCAAAGCAAGCAUAAAAUGCAUUUAGCUCGUCUGGUAGGCUUGUGUCACUGGGCAGCUCGCUGCUGUGUUUCCUUUUGCAGUCCGUAAUAGUUUGCAAGCCCUGCCACAUCCGACGAGCAUCAGAGCCGGUGUAGUAGGAUUCAAUCUUAGUCCUGUAUUGACGCUUUGCCUGUUUGAUGGUUCGUCUGAGGGCAUAGCGGGAUUUCUUAUAAGCGUCUGGAUUAGUGUCCUGCUCCUUGAAAGCGGCAGCUCUACCCUUUAGCUCAGUGCGGAUGUUGCAUGUAAUCCAUGGCUUCUGGUUGGGGUAUGUACGUACGGUCACUGGGGAUGAAUCCGUCGAUGCACUUAUUGAUAAAGCCGGUGACUGAUGUGGUGUACUCCUCAAUGCCAUUGGAUGAGGGAGAGCUUUGUAUGCAUCUCUGUGUGUGGAGUAAAGGUGGUUUAGAGUUUUUUUUCCUCUGGUUGUACAUGUGACAUGCUGGUGGAAAUGAGGUAAAACGGAUUUAAGUUUCCCUGCAUUAAAGUUCCCGGCCACUGGGAGCGCCGCUUCUUGAUGAGCAUUUUCCUGUUUGCUUAUGGCCUUAUACAGCUCGUUGAGUGCGGUCUUAGUGCCAGCAUCGGUUUGUGGUGGUAAAUAGACAGCUACGAAAAAUAUAGAUGAAAACUCUCUCGGUAGAUGUUAAGAUAAUUGAUUAACUAACUAUUUCAGUCUGUCUGUGCAUCUCCCAAAAGGUUGUAAGGCUUUUGGAUCAAGAAACGGACAGAGCCUCAGUGCAAUAGCCAGGUCUUUAUUCAGAGAAUUCUGCAACAAAAUGGUCGUACAAUAUUUUUUAUACGCACACGUCAGAGGAAAAAUCCCACCCCCCUGUAGGCGGGCUGUAUUCUUUCCACUGUACCUGGGUUUAGCUGAUGUUUUCCUCUGUUCUCCUCCUGACCAUCAGGACACAUACACACACACACACACAUACACACACACACACACACACACACACAUACAUACAUACACACACACACACACACACGUUCUUAUCAUAGGCUGCAUUCCUUAGUUAUCGCCGUCCUCACAAUAUCCUGCCAGCCUUCCACUCCCCCUCCCUGUGUGUUUAGGGAACCAGUCUAUACUCUGUUGCUGGGAUAUAAACACACAUGAAUUCUAAUGCUCUAGUCUACUAAUUAUUCAUACAUUAUUAGUUUAACUGGGUGUGACAUUUUUUGUCAUAUCUUACUCACACAUUUAUGUACAAAAUAAGUUACAAAUAAUGCGAAAAAAACUAACAAAAUAGCACAGUUGGUUUGGAGCCCGUAAAACUGCAGCCAUCCCCUCCGGCGCCAUUAUCUAUCUCCUGUCUGUGUGUGUAUUAACGUGCUGUUCUCUCUGUGUGUGUAUUAACGUGCUGUUCUCUCUGUGUGUGUUAACAUGUGCUGUUCUCUCUGUGUGUGUUAACAUGUGCUGUUCUCUCUGUGUGUGUUAACAUGUGCUGUUCUCUCUGUGUGUGUUAACAUGUGCUGUUCUCUCUGUGUGUGUUAACAUGUGCUGUUAACAUGUGCUGUUCUCUCUGUGUGUGUUAACGUGCUGUUCUCUGUGUGUGUUAACGUGCUGUUCUCUCUGUGUGUGUUAACGUGCUGUUCUCUCUGUGUGUGUUAACGUGCUGUUCUCUCUGUGUGUGUCAACAUGUGCUGUUCUCUCUGUGUGUGUUAACGUGCUGUUCUCUCUGUGUGUGUUAACGUGCUGUUCUCUCUGUGUGUGUUAACAUGUGCUGUUCUCUCUGUGUGUGUUAACAUGUGCUGUUCUCUCUGUGUGUGUUAACAUGUGCUGUUCUCUCUGUGUGUGUUAACAUGUGCUGUUCUCUCUGUGUGUGUUAACAUGUGCUGUUCUCUCUGUGUGUGUUAACAUGUGCUGUGUGCUGUUCUCUGUGUGUGUUAACAUGUGCUGUUCUCUCUGUGUGUGUUAACGUGCUGUUCUCUCUGUGUGUGUUAACAUGUGCUGGUCUCUCUGUGUGUGUUAACAUGUGCUGUUCUCUCUGUGUGUGUUAACAUGUGCUGUUCUCUCUGUGUGUGUUAACAUGUGCUGUUCUCUCUGUGUGUGUUAACAUGUGCUGUUCUCUGUGUGUGUGUUAACAUGUGCUGUUCUCUCUGUGUGUGUUAACAUGUGCUGUUCUCUGUGUGUGUUAACGUGCUGUUCUCUCUGUGUGUGUUAACAUGUGCUGUUCUCUGUGUGUGUGUUAACGUGCUGUUCUCUGUGCAGGGGCUGUAGCCUGUCUCCAGAGGGAGUGGUCUUUGGCCAGACCCCUGGGUCUGUGGGUAAAGACCUGCUGGAGUUGACCCAAGAGGAGAAGAGACUGGAUGAACUCAUACACAUCUGCACACGCACCCUCCAACAGAUAACUGAAGACACACCCACAAGGAAAUAUCCUUUCUUUACAACCCUGCUGUGUGUGAGGUGGAAUGGUGUGUGUGUGUGUGUGUGUGUUCUUGUCCUGUGUGUGUUCUUGUCCUGAGUGUGUGUGUGCUCUUUCCUUAACCCCGGGGUACGUUUGCAUACAUAUCUUAUGAGGAUGUGAGAAGGGCUCCUAGUCUGAAGGACCAGAUGGUCAUUGUGGUCAAAGCCCCCGCUGAAACCAGACUGGAGGUGCCAGACCCUGCAGAGGUACACACACACACACACACACACACACACACACACACACACACACACACACACACACACACACACACACACACACACACACACACACACACACACACACACACACGGAUCCAGAUAGUGAUUAUGGUAAUGUCCUCUGAUAAUGUUCUCUCUAUUCCAUGCAGCUGGCUAUUGAAUUGCUGAACGACUGAAAUGAUUGAUUUGUUUUAUUUGUCCAAUCAGAGUCUCCAGGUCCACCUGAGCAGUACCCAGGGUCCAAUAGAAGUCUUCCUAUGCUCUGAUGACCACGCCCCCCCCUCCCCGCUGAACAACAUGGCGCUGAAUGGAAACGUACAUCCCCCCUCUUCGUCGUAUGUCAAUGGAAACUCCUCUUCGUCCUUCUUCAAGGUGUCACAAGGUGAGCCUAUAGACUUCGACAUGGCAUCAUUGUCUAUCUGUGUAUCCAUCAUUGAGGCCAUCUCCAUUUUGAAGUAGUCCUUUUUUUCCUAUUACUAGGGCGGCAGGUAGCCUAGCGGUUAAGAGCGUUGGGCCAGAAACCGAAAGGUUGCUGGUUCUAAUCCCCGAGCCGAAUAGGGGAAAAAAUCUCUUGAGCAAGGCACUUAACCCUAAUUAGUCCUUUAAGCCGUUCUGAAUAACAGUGUGCUAAAUGAUUAAAAUGUAAACUUCUGAGUUGGCAAACAAACUGAAAGGGUGGAUACUGCCAGCUAAUGUGUUGUCUGAACCGGUAUAAAGCCAAGGUUGGCGAUUUACUGCCAUCUGCAGUUAUGGAAUGUUUCCUCACGAGUAUAAUUCAUUGGCUCAUCCCUCCUGAUGACCUGAAUGGAAUUCUGUGAUCCUUCUUUAACCAAUAGGAAGUCCCUGCCAGUUGACUACAUCAAAAUGGGAAAAGUCCUCAAUGGUGCUGCCCAUGCUAAAACAGGCUUUUGGACACUAUAGUCCUCUUAUCUAUCUCUGUGGUUGUUUAAUGGAUGAACUACUCCUUCAAAGCAAUCUCUCUCCUCUCUCGCUCUCUCCCCUCUCUCUCUCGCUCUCUCUCUCCUCUCUCCCCUCUCUCUCUCGCUCUCUCGUCCUGCAUCUUUCUCACCAGGGGGUAAUAACUCCACUGAUAAUGCCAGUAUUGGUUUCUCCAAUGCCCUGUCCAGGCUCCCAGCAUGCUCAGCAGUGACGGUGACCCCCGUCUCCCUCCUCCCCCUCCGGGAUGUCGACCAGAAGCCCUUUGUCUUCCCCUCCCCCUCCCUCCCGUUCGAGGAGGACGACUACCUGCUCAGCCUGGGUGAAGAUGAGGGCAUCAGUGACCUGUUCUCCUACGACCUGGACCGGCUUCCACUGGAAGACCUGCUCUGUAACUGA